CUCUCUGUCACUCUGUUUUCUAUCCAAUCGAAUACGGCGAACAUUAAAAGAAGAAAGACGCGGACAACGUUUACUUUUACUAAAGAAUUCAUUUCUGUCGAUUCCGCCCCUACCUGCUCGAUCGCUGAAUGGCGAAUGCAGUAUGUUUCUAUAUUUUCCUCCAUGGUCAACUUGGAGCAAUAAAGUACAACAUCAGCAGAAAUGCAGAAUGAGUAACCCAAUUCCAUCACUCCUUCCAAGUAAACAAAUCCAAAUCAAGAAUGGUAGGCAGGUCAUAUCUGGAAAUUCGCACCGUUGAAAACUCAUAACGUACCACCAUGGUUUGUCCCAAAUCCCAGACUUAACAGCAUGAGAAGACGAUGACUGAGUGAGAAGGACAAAGAACAAUGGCAGCCACAGAAACAGCUUUCUGGGUUCUCUGUAUAUUCUCUCUCUUAUGGGGAUUCAUGAUCCAGAAGGUGUCUAGUGACUCAGGAAUCAAUUUGCUGAGCAUCGGCUGUAGCCAGUAUAAAGUUGGCACCUUCCCCUUGUUUGCUGCCAACCGCAAUUCCAGCUUCUCUCAGCUCAGAGAUCAGCUCAAGAAUGGCGGGAAGAAGCAUUUCGCAACAGCCCAGCAGCCUGCUGGUCAAGAGCCAGUCUACACCAUGGUUCAGUGCCGGAAUUACUUAUUCUCAGCUGAUUGCCUUGCCUGCUUCAAUGAUGCUGUUACCAGAAUCCUCAAUUGCUCUGCUGCUAAUGGUGCCCGCGUCAUCCUUGACGGUUGCUUCCUAAGGUACGAGAGCAACAGCUUCUAUGACCAGAGCACUCAGGAUGGGCACAGCGGGGUAUGCGGGAACCAGACCACAGAGAAAAAGGAUAACAAUGCUUACACUGAAGGUGUGGAACAUCUGCUGUCAGAUCUUAUAACCACCACGCCGAAGAUCAAUGGCUUCUAUGCAGCAAGCAAGAGAGAACUGGUGCCUGGUGGUGGUGGUGGUGGUGGUGGAGAUGGGAAUGUGACGGUAUAUGGUGUUGCACAAUGCGUUGAAACCAUCAGCCAGAAGGGUUGCCAAGAUUGCUUGAAACUGGGAUUCACUGAUCUCCAGAGAUGUUUUUCAAACACUGCUGCCAGGUCCAUCAACGUGGGGUGUUUUCUUAGGUUCUCCAACUCCCCUUUCUUCCUGGAUAAUCAAACUACUGAUCUUUUGCCCUUCUUACGAAAUGGAGGUUCGAGCAAGAAGAUUAUAAUUGCCGGAGUGGUCGGAGGGCUAGGAGGUGGUAUCCUAUUACUUGCAGCUGCCAUAGUUCUGUGGUAUAAGCUGUCUAGGAGACAGAAGGCCUUGCCGAAAGGUGACAUAUUGGGAGCAACUGAAUUGCAAGGUCCAGUUAGUUACGGUUACAAGGACCUGAAAUUAGCAACUAAGAACUUCAAUGAGGAGCAUAAGCUGGGAGAAGGAGGAUUUGGUGAAGUUUUCAAGGGGGUUUUGAAGAAUGGCAAAGUGGUGGCAGUCAAGAAACUUGCUCUCGGCCAAAGUCGCAGAGCAAAGGAGGAAUUUCAAAGUGAAGUGAAGAUCAUAAGCAAUGUUCAUCAUAGGAAUCUAGUCCGCCUUCUCGGCUGCUGCAGCAGUGGACCGGAGCCUCUCCUUGUGUAUGAGUACAUGGCUAACAGCAGUCUCGACAAAUUCUUAUUUGGUGAUAAAAAAGGUAGUCUCAGCUGGAAGCAAAGGAUUGACAUAAUACUGGGUACAGCGAGGGGUCUGGCAUAUUUACAUGAAGAUUUCCAUCUGUGCAUUAUACACAGAGACAUCAAGACCAGCAAUAUUCUUCUGGAUGAUGAUUUUCAACCCAAGAUUGCAGAUUUCGGGCUGGCAAGGCUUCUACCAGAGAGUCAGACUCAUCUUGACACCAAAUUUGCUGGGACAUUGGGAUACACAUCACCUGAAUAUGCAUUGUAUGGCCAGUUAUCAGAGAAGGCUGACACUUACAGCUAUGGUGUUGUAGUUCUUGAAAUAAUCAGUGGCCAAAAGAGCAGUGAAGUAAGGCAAGAUCUAAUAGCUGAGUAUCUGCUGAAGAAGGCAUGGAAACUGUACGAAAGUGGAAUGCAUUCAGAACUGGUAGAUGCAACCAUAUGUCAGGAUGAAUACACGGAAGAAGAAGCAAAGAAAGUGGUGGAAAUAGCUCUGAUGUGCACGCAACCAUCACCUUUGAUGAGACCAACAAUGUCGGAAGUAGUAGUGUUACUGAAAAGCGAGGGAUCAGUACAACUGCGUCAGCCCCUAGCAAGGCCUGCGCUAAUUGAAUCCAAUCCCCAAUUCCUCCCGGAAACGUCCGGCUCAACAGGUUCCCCCUCAUCAAAUGCCACUGCCUCCAUCUCCAGACUCUCCGGCAGGUAGGGGUUCAGAAUGCCGCCAAUGAUUCCAUCAUAUCACAACCACGUCAUAUACCACACAUUGUUGCAUUCAAGAACCCAGAAGACAAUAAUGACAGACUGUAUAUAAAAGCAACAGACUGUAGUAGAACGUCUCAAGCUCCAUACAAGUGAUAAAGCUUACAGGUUUGGCUCUGAAUUACUGCAGAAGGAAACAAAGGAACAGAUGAAACCCUGUUACUAGAAAGAAGCAUCAUCAUGGCUUCCUAUGAUAAAUUUGAUUAUUUACA